AUGAAGAUUUGGGGUGAACUUAUUCAAGUACUCCCGCGUACUCGCAAUGGCAGCGCUGCGCUCUUCCGUCGCUUCGCUAUCAUUACGUCGGCGAGUGUUUACGAUGUCUUUGAGACAGUCAUUGUACUGAUGGAGAUUUGGCGUUCGUUUCUUUUGUUCCGUCUCCUUCACUUCAUGGCUGUGGAACAGUUGCAGUUGGGAUAG